AUGAGUCUAGUCAUAAGCCUCUUCUGCAACAUGUUUCGGUGUCUGAUCAGAGCUGCCACAAUUCUGAACAAGUGUUUCAAGCGUGAUAUAGGGCAGAGGACAUUUUCAGCCGAUCUAAUGAGGAGUUACAGAAUCCUGUGGCUGCGAUGGAGUCAACUUGUUUCACAUAUGGGUUACAUGAUGGGAAAGGUGUUCUGUCUGUACCUCGUCCUCCUGUUGCUCGCGAUCACCAUGUCGCUGUACGGGUUUCUAUCUCAAAUGGACGAAAAGCAAAUUACCUUCGCACACACUGGCUUGGGCGUGUUCAGCCUCUUCUGUAUUGCAGCCCUGUACCACUUUUGUAAUCUCGCUUACUACUCUUCAAACAUUGUAGGGGUUGAAAUUCGAGAUGAAUUGCAACUGAUUGCGCCAUCUGAAGUCACUAAAGAUGUCUUUCACGAGGUAAACAUGUUUUUGGAUACAAUAUCCAUGAAUCCACCUGUAGUAUCUGUAGCAGGCUUUGCGAAUGUUGAUAGAGGACUCUUCAGAGCGUAUGCGUCUACCAUCGUGACGUUCAUGAUAGUGCUGCUGCAGUUUGACCAAUCUGGUCAUGCUGCUAUUUCCUGUAGAGGGAAUGAGACAAAGGUCCUAAACGCAUGGUAA